UAUACUUUACCACAAGAAUAGAGAACCCUUGCAUGGUGCUCUUUGGCAAUACCUGGCCCUCGUGCCAAUAAAAACCACACAUUCAUUCAGGAAUAGAGAACCAUGAAACAUGUAUGCUAUGCCAGAUACACAUUUGACAAAUUUGGCGUGGUGUUUCGCCACACAACACAAUUCUUUGUUUCUAUUAACCCUUUCGCUGUCGGACCUUUCUGGCCGUGACGCACCCCCAGUGUCGGCUUGGUUUCAGGGAACGAGCAUAACAGGGAAUGAACAUAGCAAUUUAUUUUGGACUACGAUUGGUAUACUAAUAACAUCGUCAAUGCAAUAUGCACAUUUCAAUGUUCUGCAGCUGUUAUUAGUAAUCAUCAUCAUCAUCAUCAGCCUGACUACAGUCCAGCCCACUUAUAACAGAUGCAGAUAUAACGAACGCUCGCUUAGUACGAACGAGGGCGGUGCUACCGUCAAAAUAUAUAUUGGGGCAAUGGCACAGUGUCUCACAUAGAACGAACUGUUGUGGCCUCAACACUCGGUUAGAGCGAACGCGAAGCUGUCAGGCCCCUGUAGUUGACUGAGUCGGCGGUGUUUGGUGCGGUUUCGCUGGACUGCGAACCCGCGGCAGGCGAAUUUCGCGCACUUUGUGUUCCCCUGACAUGACGCGAACACAGAGCGCACAAAGCGUCCCCCGGCGCUCCUUUGCGGGUAAAAUAAAGUCUCGCAACGUUCCGAUCAGUGGACCGCUGAUGCUCUCCAAGGCUAAAGACUUCGCCUUCCUUUUGGACUUUCCCGAUUUCAGCCCAGGCAAUGGAUGGCUCCACCGGUUUAAGGCUCGCCACGGAAUUGUUUUCAAGGCGGUCGUCGGCGAGGCCGCGUCUGUGAACAACGAGGACGUCGAUGCGUAGCUUUCCGACAACCUCCCAACAAUCACGAGCUAUGCUCCACGGGACGUUUACAAUGCCGACGAGACUGCGUUGUUUUAUCAGAUGUUGCCAUCUAAAAUGCAUGCCUUGAAAGGCGACAAGUGCGCAGGAGGGAAGAACAGCAAGUUGCGCAUAACCGUUCUUCUGGGUGUCAAUAUGGACGGCAGUGACCGGCGGCUGCCUUUUGUCAUUGGCAAGUCACGUAAGCCGCGAUGCUUUGGAAGCUACGUGCCCGUACGCUACAGGAACAAUACAAAAGCCUGGAUGAGUCGUGACUUAUUUGCCGAGUGGCUUGUCGAGUUCGACCGCGACAUGGCACGAAAAAACAGGACUGCUCGUGCUGGAUAACUGUGCGGCGCACCAUGUGCAGCCUUCCUUGAGUGCGGUGACAGUGCUCUUCUUGCUUCCCAAUGCAACCUGCAAAAUUCAGCCGUUGGAUAUGGGCAUCAUUCAUGCGUUCAAGGUGUGCUACCAGCGGCGCGUCAUCCAACGCUUGUUGAUCGCGAUUGAUGCUGCCAUGCCAGUUCGCAUCAGCUUGCUUGCCGCCGUGGACAUGUUGAAAGCGGCGUGGAUGGAACUCACCGCGGAGUGCAUAGAAAAUUGCUUCCGCAAGGCGGGUUUUAUGGGCCCAGGCACCGAGGACGCCAUAGAUCACCCACCGGAAGGCCGGUCGCACGAGGACUUGUGGCAACGCGUCAUUGACACGCAGCUGGCCGGACCUGCCGUUGCCUGGGACGAUUUCGUUUCUGCUGAUGACGACGCCGACAUUGCGGAGCCAUGCACUGACGAAGCUAUUGUGCGUGAAGUGCGAGCCCUUCCUGACUGCCCAGAGACCGACGAGGACGAUGACGAGGAUGCUGCUCUACCGCCGGUUGCUGUGAACGCUUCAACCGCGAUCGGUUACAUCGCGUCGCUUAAGGAACUCGUGUGCAGCAGAGGCCUUGGCGAUGAACAUAUUACCGCGCUGGAAAAUUUAGAAACGGCAGUGAUGCGAUCAGCUUUGAAGAAGCAGACAUGCAUCACGGACUUUUUUCAAAAAUAAAGUGAGCUUUCGUCUCGCUUACUCUUUUUUCCCGUAUUAUAGGUGGUCCACUUAGUACAAACUUUGGAUACAACGAACAAAUGCCACGUGACGAUCAAGUUCGUUAUAUGUGGGCUGGACUGUAUAACAUCCGUUCAACAUCCGAAUCUGACGAUGCGGAACUCAUCUCUUCGUCGCGUUAGACGCUGUCCGAGUCCAAAUCCGAGCUCGGCUCGUAUUCUGAAUCGUAAGAGCCACUGCUCCAAUGAACAGACGAAGGUCUCGCGCCGCUCAGCUAUCCGAAAGUAACCACACGCAGGGAGGAUGCGCUUUGAGUUGCCCGCGCAACGGAGAUAAAUGGGACGUUGUGUGAUCAAGAAGAGGGAGAUGGAAAAAGGCUAAAACAAAGUUCAAAGGGCUUUACGUUUACUGCUGCAAGUCGGAAGCGAGGGUGUGGCGAGAGAGCGAAAGCAGCAAUCGAGUCACUCUUUUCGGAGAGGCAACGGCGACGCGUGCACCUGAACUUGACGCGCCGUAGCAGACGCACCAACAGAAGAAAAAUAAAAACCUUCAAACCGGCGGAGAUGGCAGAACAACCCUUGAACCCAUAACCACACGCGCGCGACGCACGAUCCAGCGAACGCGGAGCCACCGCGCCACUCAGCAAAAAGAGAGGGGGGCGUGGCAGUCGCACCGUACUCAAUACAUGUACUAACACAGGUCGGGGUGAAAAUACGAACUUGUAGGAAGAGUCAACAGAUGGCGUGGCCAAGUACGGGAGCGCCAGCUUUGUGCCCAGGCGCGAAAUUUUGAACGCGUGAUAGAGAACGUACCGGUACGUCAGUGACACUGUGGGGGGGAAGCGCGAUGACGUACCGGUACGUCCGUGACAGCGAAAGGGUUAAUGUGUGAGGAUUCAUGAGAAAACUUGUUUUGAAAGUCAUAAAAGUGUUUUUAAAGAAAAGAGUAUGGGUGUUCACUUUUUAACUAAGCUGCCAAAGAAUAAUCAAAUGCAUGCUGCCAUUAAAUGUGAAAACCCUUUCUAUUUGCAGACGAUGAGCAAAAUGAGAACAAGGUGAAAGCGGGAGCCAACAUUGCGACAAGUGGACUUGUUUUUCAAGGCGUUUUGCUCAUCGUCUUGAAUUUUCAUCUCCCGCCUUCGCCAUGUUUUUCCUUUCUAU